GCCAUCUCGAGAACUAUCUGACCAGGUCCUUCUUGAGACAACUCAACAUCGAGAUCCACCAUGCAAGCCAUUUCACUCAUCGCCGGUCUGCUUCUCGGCGGCCUUGCUGCUGCGGCGCCAUCAACCCAAACAACAGAAGCUCCUACCAUCGUCGACCACUGGGUCGUCUCCAAAGUUGUGCGCACUCACUCGGAAGACCUCACGAACUGCAACUGGGACUUUCAUGUCAGCCAGUCUUCAGUCAAGAAUGACGUAGUCUGCACCUUCACCGUCACGGCCCAGGCAGGAAAGGACUGCCGCGUCGCCCCUUUCGCCAACAUCGAGUGUUCUGGCGACAGCGCGUUCCAAGUCAAUGCCGGACACGACGACGGAGGAUUCAUCGUCUUAGUGUUGGUAAAUACCUUUGAGAAUGCCUUGGCUUAUUACGGCUACGAUGAUGCCGAGCUUGACGAGUCUCCCAAAAAGGAGAUCAAUAAACAAAAACAGCCUGCUACCUUGAUCGAGUCCAAGAAGACCACGAGUCUGGGACUUGCUCAGCGGGCUGAAGUACUGGGUACUUGGACCAUCGAGAACCUCUUCAGAUUUGUUGACCCGUCGGACAACUCCAUCAAAAUGGAAUUUUAUCUUGUCGAAGAUGGAAUUACUUGCCGACUCAACUUGCAACCACCGACGGGCAUGGACGCCAAGACCUGGGCCUGGUCUGCUCAGAAAUGCGAGAACAACGACUACACCGUCUCAUGGGGCUUCGACGAAAUUCAUGACGCUGGAAUUAUGACCCUCGUAUCUCCUGAGAAAGACAGGGAUGCCUUCUUUGGAUGGAGAGACAUUAGCAAGAUUUCGUAUCUAGGAAAUGCAGGGCCAAAUCCAGUCUAUGGGUGUAUGUGCGGAUAA